CAAUUGUAUUUGCUUUAAAAAACGUGUAGAUCUCAAAUUCUCUCUUCCUCCUCCCUCGUUUUUGCUCCCAUUUCAGGUUCCGAGGGCGAUCGGUUACUGUUCUUCGCCGAUCUCUGCGCCGGAUCCAGUAGGAAAUGGCGGGAGGAUUUAGGGUUUUGCACCUGGUCAGACCUUUCCUUGCUAUUCUCCCCGAAGUUGAGUCCGCUGACAGGAGAAUCCCUUUCAGAGAGAAGGUUAUUUAUACUGUGAUCUCUCUGUUCAUUUUCUUGGUGUGCAGUCAGCUUCCUUUGUAUGGCAUUCACUCGACCACGGGCGCUGAUCCCUUUUAUUGGAUGAGGGUUAUUCUUGCGUCGAACCGAGGAACUGUAAUGGAGCUGGGUAUAACCCCGAUUGUGACCUCGGGGUUGGUGAUGCAGCUCUUGGCCGGGUCGAAAAUCAUUGAGGUUGACAAUAGUGUGAGGGAGGAUCGCGCUUUGCUAAAUGGUGCACAGAAGUUGCUAGGCAUCCUUAUUGCUAUUGGGGAGGCAGUUGCUUAUGUUCUAUCUGGGAUGUAUGGCAGUGUUAGCCAACUUGGUGCUGGCAAUGCUAUUCUUAUAAUCCUCCAACUUUGCUUUGCGGGUAUCAUUGUCAUAUGCUUAGAUGAGUUGUUGCAGAAAGGAUAUGGACUUGGUUCUGGCAUUUCUCUCUUCAUCGCCACCAACAUCUGUGAAAACAUCAUCUGGAAGGCUUUUAGCCCUACUACUAUUAACAGUGGCCGAGGUGCUGAAUUUGAAGGUGCUGUCAUUGCCUUGUUCCACUUGUUGAUAACUCGAACAGACAAAGUCAGAGCUCUCCGUGAAGCCUUUUACCGUCAGAAUCUUCCGAAUGUGACGAAUCUGCUUGCUACAGUCUUGGUUUUUCUCAUUGUUAUUUACUUUCAAGGUUUCCGGGUUGUUCUUCCAGUUAGAUCGAAAAAUGCUCGUGGACAGCAGGGUUCCUAUCCAAUCAAGCUAUUUUACACCUCUAAUAUGCCCAUAAUCUUACAGUCUGCCCUUGUUUCCAAUCUAUAUUUCAUUUCCCAACUACUCUACAGGAGGUUCAGUGGAAAUUUCUUUGUGAAUCUUCUCGGUAAGUGGAAGGAGUCUGAAUAUUCUGGUGGUCAGUUCAUUCCUGUUGGCGGUAUUGCUUACUAUAUUACGGCUCCAUCAAGCUUGGCAGAUAUGGCCGCAAAUCCAUUCCAUGCACUCUUUUAUAUUGUCUUUAUGUUGUCCGCUUGUGCACUUUUCUCAAAGACAUGGAUAGAGGUGUCAGGAUCAUCCGCAAGAGAUGUGGCUAAGCAGCUAAAGGAGCAACAAAUGGUGAUGCCAGGCCAUCGAGAAUCCAACCUCCAAAAGGAAUUGAACCGUUACAUUCCAACAGCCGCUGCCUUCGGAGGCAUGUGCAUCGGUGCUCUAACAGUUCUAGCUGAUUUCAUGGGAGCAAUUGGUUCAGGCACAGGAAUCCUUCUCGCCGUCACCAUCAUAUACCAGUAUUUUGAGACCUUUGAGAAGGAAAGAGCGAGCGAGCUCGGUUUCUUUGGACUUUAAAUCGGUUAACUUUAUACAUAUAUGAGAUAAUGAAUGAGACCUUGCUUGCAGUUUUGAACAGACGUAAACUUUUCAGAGAGGUCAGGCUGCAGAAAAUUCGGAAGUUUAGAAAGGAAUAUUUGUAGUGAAGAAUAUAUGAGAGGGCGGUUGAAGCCAGAGGUGGCAAUACCUACGUUAAUUAAGUGUUUAUGUAUUUUUUUCCCCCUUCAGGUAAUAACUUUUUUGUGAGAGGUUUAACAAGAGGGGAAAAUUGACUCCCCUUGUUACGUUUGUCUGGAGUAGAAUUCCGUUGAAAUUGUAAUACUGAAUUAGUUUCUUAUGAUUGACUUGCGUGUGUUAUCACUUCUGUAUGUGUUGUAACCCCCUUGUUACUGAAUUAGAUUUUUUUCCCCCCUC